AUGGCGUCUCAAUUCAUCAACUGGAUCAAGUCGCCAGCUGGCCGACAGUACUUCUUCUCGACACAUUUCUGGGGUCCCGUGGCCAACUGGGGUCUGCCCCUUGCAGCCAUUGCCGAUCUGUCCAAGGAUGAAGAGAUGAUCUCGGGCACCAUGAGCGGCGCUCUCUGCGCCUACUCGACCGUCUUCAUGCGUUUCGCCUGGAGAGUCCAACCGAGGAACUACCUGCUCUUUGCUUGUCACGCUACCAAUGCCACCGCACAGGCUGGCCAGCUGCUCAGGUUCGCCAACUACCACCACUUUGGCGGAAAGGAGAAGCGCGCCAAGCUCCCAACACCUCAGGUCGCAUCGGCAUAG